GGAAGAAACUGCUGCAAGCUGGUAGCAAAGCCCAGAAAUAAUGGGUUUCUUUCUUUUUUUUUUCAAUCUUGCCUUGGGUCGUCUUGGUUGUCAAGGUUGCCCAAGAAUCUCAUCAGAAUUUGGCGGAUGGCGUUUGCGGUUCGACGUGGGGUGGUAUUCCUUUUUGGGAAGGUCUCACAAGUGAUAGACAACUUACAAGACACAACCGUCGUACGCCAAGGCUGAUAUGCUAGGUAGGGUAGGAACAUUCCUGCCACCCCAACCCAAAGGGUUUAACAGCAAGACAGGUCUUGCAGGAGGCAAGUACGGGCUACCUGCACAAGUUGCAGUGUGCUUCUUGAUGCACGAUAAUAGUUCAUGGAAUGUGCCAAGUCUUUUGGCAGAUGCGAGGGUGUACCGGACAUGUCAAAUGACUGGACCGCGCACCCAGAAAAGAACAAUCGAACCAAGAAUGCCACCAGCAACAUUGGUCGACAGAAUCGACACCAGACCGGGGUUACACUUUUUUUUUAUCGAUUGUGCAAUAGCAUCCUGGAUAUUGCCAAAUCAUACUCUACAGCAGCUAUGCUUUCUCGGCAAGCCAAUUGGAGCUUGCUGACGAGACGACGGUUUUGCAAAAGAUGCCAAGUCCUCACACCCCCUUGCUGCCAAUGUAUACACACACCUUGCAACUGCAGAGCCCUGCCUUAUCUUUGCGUUCUGG